AAGCUCCUGGUGGUGCCCAUGGUGGGAAGCCACUGGCUGAGCAUGCAGGAGGUGGUGGAGGAGCUGAGCCGGAGAGGACACGAGGUGGUGGUGCUGGUUCCCGAGGUGAGCUGGCAGAUGGAGACGACGCAGGCCUACAAGGUGGUCACGUACCCGGUGAGGCAGACCCUGGAAGAGCUGGAUAAUGCCUUCUGGGAAUAUGUCUCUGUGCACCUGACGGAGAAGCCUUUCCCCCUCAAUGCCCUGGCAAUGUACAAAGCCUCGGUGCAUACUUUUAGCACCUUCUUUGGUCAGUGCAAAGAUCUGUUCCAGAGCCAGGAGACCCUGACUUUCCUCAACCAAAGCCACUUUGAUGCCAUCCUGACAGAUCCGAUCUUCAUGUGUGGGACCAUUCUCGCCCACCAUCUCUCCCUUCCUUUUGUGUUCUUCAUGAGGGGAUUCGGAUGCAACCUGCACUUUUCAGCCCCACAGAGCCCGAGCCCUCUGUCCUAUGUCCCGAGACUCUUCAGCUUCAACUCAGACCGCAUGACUUUUUUCCAGCGGGUGGAAAACGCCCUGAUUUCCCUCCUGGAGCUUGACUACUGCAACAGUUACUAUGCAGAAGCACUUAAGCUUUCCUCAGAAGUUCUUCAGAGGGACAUGUCCCUCACGGACCUCGUGAGCCCUGCAGCCAUUUGGAUCAUGAGGUUUGACUUUGUAUUCGAGUACGUCAGGCCAGUGAUGCCCAACAUGGUCUUUAUUGGAGGGCUCAACUGUGCUAAAGAGAAACCACUGCCUAAGGUAAUGUUUUUUUCUGAUUCAAUUUUGGUGGAUUUGGAGAAAGACUGGAAUGUGAAAUAUAAAUGUAAUGUAGAAAUGGCAAUAAAUAAUCUUACAGUGGUGGAUUUGGAGAAAGACUGGAACGCAGAACUCAG